AUGCUGCAGUCUUGAGCCGGUCCGGUCCUCCGCCUCCUCUCCUCGCCGCCUCCUUCUUAUUGACCCGGCAGCCUCGUGGAGCUGCUGGCCAUGCCGCUGAAACAUUAUCUCCUUUUGCUGGUGAGCUGCCAGGCCUGGGCUGCAGGUUUGGCCUAUUAUGGCUGCCCCAGCGAAUGUACCUGUUCCCGGGCCUCCCAGGUAGAGUGCACAGGGGCACGAAUUGUGGCGAUGCCUACCCCUCUGCCCUGGAAUGCUAUGAGCCUGCAGAUCCUUAACACACACAUCACCGAACUCCCCGAGGACAUGUUCCUCAACAUUUCAGCCCUCAUCGCCCUGAAGAUGGAGAAGAACGAGCUGGCAAACAUCAUGCCAGGUGCCUUCCGCAACCUGGGCUCGCUGCGUCACCUCAGCCUUGCCAACAACAAACUAAGGAUGCUGCCCGUUAGGCUCUUCCAGGAUGUGAACAAUCUGGAGACCCUUCUGCUGUCCAAUAACCAGCUGGUGCAGAUCCAGCCGGCCCAGUUCUCCCAGUUUAGUAAUCUUAAGGAGCUCCAAUUGUACGGCAACAAUCUGGAAUACAUCCCCGAAGGAGUCUUUGACCACCUGGUAGGUCUCACCAAACUCAACCUGGGCAAGAACAGCUUCACCCAUCUAUCCCCUAGGGUCUUUCAGCAUCUGGGCAACCUCCAGGUGCUUCGGCUAUAUGAGAACAGGCUUUCAGACAUCCCCAUGGGCACUUUUGAUGCACUUGGCAACCUCCAGGAGCUGGCCCUCCAAGAGAACCAGAUUGGCACCCUCUCCCCUGGCUUGUUCCACAAUAACCGUAACCUCCAGAGACUGUAUCUGUCCAACAACCACAUCUCACAUCUGCCCCCUGGCAUCUUCAUGCAGCUGCCCCACCUUAACAAGCUCACACUCUUUGGGAACUCCCUGAAGGAGCUUUCCCCAGGGGUCUUUGGGCCCAUGCCCAACCUGAGGGAGCUUUGGCUCUACAACAACCACAUUACCUCCCUCCCUGACAACGCCUUCAGCCACCUGAACCAGUUGCAGGUUCUGAUUCUUAGUCACAACCAGCUCAGUUACAUCUCCCCAGGAGCCUUCAACGGGCUGACGAAUCUCCGAGAACUGUCCCUCCACACCAAUGCUCUACAGGACCUGGACGGGAAUGUCUUCCGAUCACUGGCCAACCUGAGGAACAUCUCACUCCAGAAUAACCGCCUUCGACAGCUCCCUGGCAGCAUCUUCGCCAACGUCAACGGUCUCAUGACCAUCCAACUGCAGAACAACAAUCUAGAGAACUUGCCUCUGGGCAUCUUUGAUCACUUAGGGAACCUGUGUGAGCUUCGUCUCUAUGACAACCCCUGGAGAUGUGACUCAAACAUCCUCCCACUUCAUGACUGGCUCAUUCUCAACAGAGCCAGGUUGGGGACAGACACUCUUCCAGUGUGUUCCAGUCCCGCCAGCGUCCGAGGCCAGUCCCUUGUCAUCAUCAAUGUCAAUUUCCCUGGACCCAGUGUCCAGGGCCCAGAAAUCCCUGAAGUAUCUAGCUACCCAGAUACAUCCAGCUAUCCUGACAGCACAUCCAUUUCUUCUACCACAGAGAUCACCAGGGCUGCCGAUGAUGACUACACUGAUCUAAGCACCGUCGAACCCACUGAUGACCGCAAUACAUGGGGCAUGACUGAUGCCCAGAGUGGGCUGGCCAUUGCUGCCAUUGUGAUCGGCAUCAUAGCUUUGGCCUGUUCCCUCGCUGCCUGUAUCUGCUGCUGCUGCUGCAAAAAGAGGAGCCAGGCAGUCCUGAUGCAGAUGAAGGCUCCCAAUGAGUGCUAGGGAGGCAAGCACGAACAGGGCUGGGGAAGGAGGAGGUCAGAGGAUCCGAGAAGGUGAUCAUUCAACUCCCAAACCUGGGGCCACAUAACCAGGCUCUGGUGGCCCCAGGGGAAAUGUGCUCCAUCUUGUCCUGUGCCCCUGAAUCUUCUAUAGAGAAGUGGGCGUUUCAGGAUCUUUUACUCCCAGAGGAAUCUAAUUGGUC